AUGCUGAGGCGGUAUUUCUUCCUUCCAAGGUCUUCUUCUGCGUCUCCUGUAGAUCUUACAGCUGAAGAUGAAGCCUCGGGGAAGGCCGAGAAUGGAGCCGGUGAUGGAGUCGUCCAAGCUGCAAAAGAAGGCAGGGAGAGUAUUUUCCUCGGAAAUGCUCUCGGCCGUUUGGAAGAAGCUAUAAAUUCUCUUCCUCCUGUGAUCUCUGCGGUAGGAUUCCUCCUCAGUGGCUAAUAUUUGCAUUAUUCUGUAUGCUUCCACCAGACGAUCGAGGCAUUAAAUUACUGGUUCAAAUUCCCCCCUCCCCGUGGAUAGUUAUCAUGAAUUCUCCAUGUUCCAGAUGAAAGGAAAUGCUGGCCCGAGAGUCGCUGUAGGAGUGUUCCUAGCGUUGACUUUCUUGCUGAUCAUUGUGAGGGAGACCAUGGCAAGGAAGGCAACGGAGAGUCAACAUGGGUCCGUGGCUGAUCUGGUGAGGCGCGGGCAGCUGAAAUCUCAUAGAAGAGGCAUGUAAGUUCUCUGCGACCGUCCCUGGUUUUUUCCGGGUUUUAUCGAAUGAUAACCUCCAUUAUGUGCCUGAAUAACAUGAAUUUAUACAUUGUCGAUUAGCCUUCAACCUAAGGAUUUGGAAACUCGUAGAACAGCUCUUGCCUAUAUGACCUCUUUUUACCAGUUUUUUCCCCACAAAAAUAAUCUUUCUUUCUUCUGAUGAUCGAGAGGUAACGGAUCCAAAUUUCUACUCUCUCUCUCUCACUCACUCACUCUCACUUGCUCACUCUAAUGUAUACGCAUACGCAUAUAUUUCUCUCUCACCGUUGCAUUGUUGUGCCUCUACGUGGAACAGUCUCCGUUUAUAUUUUCUUCUUGGAUUCUGAGGACAGCCCUAGCUUCUAGGAGCCACUGGAAAGAAAACCCUUGACAAUUCCGCCCCCUUUUCUCUUGUGGGCAGCUCAACUCCUCUCAAAUACGAAGACCCUUUCAACAACCCCCUGGUAAAAGUCAACAAGGGCAAUUCAUCGGUUGAAAUGUGCGGUAAGGUCUACAGCCUGUCACCAUUGACUCUGACUGCGGAGCAGCAGUCGAGCCAUCAGCGGCGGAGGUCACGGGCCUACCAGUGGAAGAGGCCGACGGUCUUCCUCAAGGAGGGAGACGAUGUGCCGCCUGAAGUUGACCCUGACACCGUCCGAUGGAUCCCCGCCAACCAUCCCUUCGCCACGACAGUCAGUGAUCUUGAUGAGGACCUCGUCCGGAGUAACGUGCACCAGCGGAGUGGUGUGCCUUUUCGUGUCAGAGCUGAGCAUGAGGCGCUGCAGAAGAAACUCGAGGCUCAACAAAGCGUAAGUUUUCCCUGAUCAGCCAUAUCUCCGAGCUCUCUGGUCCAUUGAUUCCCUUCUGUCAUUUAUAGCUUGUCUCAAGAUUGUUUCUCUCUUUGAUCUGGGUUGGCUCUGGGGUUCAGAAUACGAAUGAAGAAGCCAAGAAUUAAUGGUUCUAAGAAUGUUUCUACCUGUAAUUUUUCAUUUCCUGUUCCUUAAUGAGGUUCCAGACAACCAUAUAGCUUAUCUAGUGUGCUGCCAUUUAAAGUAAGUCUCAGGAUUGACCUCUUCUGAUCUGUGUAACUUGUGGUGCUAAGAAUGUUUCUGCUUGGAAUUUAUCACUUCCUGGUCCUUGAUGAGGUUGCAGAGAAUCAUAUGGCUUGACUACUCUGCUGCCAUUUAUAGUAAGUCUCAGGAUUGACCUCUUUUGAUCUGGGUUGCCCUCUGAUGUUCAUAAUAUGGGUGCAGCGAGACAAAAACCUGAGGUUCCGGUUGAGGAUAUUGUCGAAGUUUAGGAAUUUCAGGUCCUUGACGAGGUUGCAGACGGUCGCAUGGGUUAUUUGAUCGACAUUUUCUUUCGUGCCGCAGGAUCAGAUGCCAAACAGGGUGGUGGCAGUGGGCCCGAGCGAGACCCGCGAGUUAGAAGGGGCAUUCAAGUCCCCUCCUGGUACCCACGAUGAGCUAGAGUCAAUCCUGGCCGUUGACUGGCCCGGUGGGGGUCAAAGUGCUGAUAUGGCGUCGGAUUCCUCCGACAGGAACGUUCCAGAGGAGCCGAUCAGAUCCUGA